UUUGAUGCAUAAGUAGCAAUAUGAUUCAAUUAUAUAGUAAACUAUGUCUUAUCAGUAAAUCGCGUGACGUGCCACGUUAUCAGGUAAGGAAGAUAACAUGAAAUUGUGACGAUUGAUUUCAUUCUUUGACAAUUGUGCAUAAUUGUGACGAAAAUGCGGGCGUGUUUCAUUUUGAUGUGGCUAAUGUUGUUUGUAAUCAAAUUGACAGCUGCUGAUACCACCGAUUCAAAGUACUGUUUUCAAUUUACAUGGCUUGGUUCAAUGUAUGAUAAUCAUUCAACAGUGAAUAUCAAUUGUACGACAUAUGAAGGAGUUCCGUGUUUUGAACCAUUUGUUAUUACAGGUGACUCGACACAACCCAAUGUGACUUACAUGUGGGACACUUUUAAUCAUGCAAAUAUUACUUGUCCACUGCGUUCAGGAUAUACUUGCAUAAAGUACACUUUUGUUUAUAACAAUGCUGGCAAGUAUACAAGUGAUAUGUUACAAAGUAGAGCAACAAGUGUUGAAUGAAAAAUAACAUGUAGAAAAUUUUGUUUCUAGUGA